AGCAGCCUGCAGACAGAGAGCAGAGUCAGAGCAGAAACAUCUCAGUCAGACCAGACCUGCAGCAUCAGGAGGCUGGAGCUCUGAUGAUUCCUACAGUCAGAGGAUCUGAUUCUGUCCAGUCUGCUGCCACCAACAUGACGGAGAAGCAGCCUGAGGGAUGACAAACCACAGCUGGAUCUGAGCUCUUCCAGCUGCUGCUCCAGGAGGUUCUGCCUCGACUGGUCCACGAGUUACAGAUUUAAAGGAGAUGGUGGAUGUUUGAAGCCCCAGUGAAGCAGGAUGGAGCCGGUUAAAAGAGACAUGGAGCUGCUCAGUAACAGCAUGGCGACCUACGCUCACAUCAAAGCCAACCCGGAGAGCUUCGCCCUCUACUUCAUGAUGGGCGUCUGUUUUGGCCUCUUCAUGGCGUUGUGCCUCCUGGUGGCUGGAAUCGCCUGCAGGACUCGCCGCCAUAUUAGACCUCCACCUUCCCCGGAGAGGAGGCAGCUGAAGGAGUCCAGUGAGGAGGAGGAGGAGGAGGAGGAAGAGGAGGAAGAUGAGGAAGAGAGCGUUGCUGAGGAGGACGGGGUGGAGGUGGAGGCCCAUAAAGCCACCACGGUUCCUCUGGGCAGCAGCCAAUCCAACGGCACUCUGAGGAGCGUCAACGUGUUCGCGUCGGCCGAGGAGCUGGAGAAGGCGAGACGUCUGGAGGAGAGGGAGCGGAUCGUCCGGGAGAUCUGGAGGAACGGGCAGCCGGACAUCCUGGUGACGGGAACCGGAACCAUCGGACGGGUUCAUUACCACUAACAGACGCUCACACCUGAACGGACUGUAGAGGGCGACAGAAACAUGCUGCAGCUUUAAUGUACGGAGGCACAAAGACGCCAAGAUUAUUAAAACUGAAGGACAAAACACUGGUGACAGAAAAACUGCAGCAAACCUCCUGUCAAAAUAAUAAAACUGUGUAUCUCAUUUAAACUUUUAUGUCAUAAAGAAGUGUUUUUGUGUUAAAAAAAGAUAAAAUAGUCUGCUCUGUCCUCCAUCAAAUAGAAAAACACUUUGUACUCUCCCUAAAUAAACUAAAGUUUUAUGAAUAUUGUGAUCAGAACCUCCAAGUCUGAGGUCAUGGUUCUCUGCUGGAAGCCGGUGGAUUUCUCCCUCUGGGUUGGAGAGAGUUGCUUCCCAAAGUGAAGGAGUUCAAGUAUCUCUGGAUCUUGUUCAGGAGUGAUGGAAAAUGGAGCUAGAGAUGGACAGGAGGAUUGGUGCAGCAGCAGUAAUGAAGGCGUUGAACCGAACCAUCGUGGUGAAGAUUUGACUCAAUUUACCGUCCAUCUACGUCCCAACCCUCAAUAUGGUCAUGAGCUCUGGGUAGUGACUGAAAGAAUGAGAUCAUGGAUACAAGCGUCUGAAAUGAGCUUCCUCUGUAGGAUGUCUGAGCUCAGCCUUAGAAAUAGGAGGAGAAGAUCAGACAUCUGGAGGGAGCUCAGAGUAGAGCUGCUGAUCCUUCAGGAAGAGCUGGAAAACGUCGCUGAGAGGAGGAAGGUCUGGAAUGAGCUGCUUCAUCUGCUGCCUCCACGACCCGACCCCGGAUAAGAGGAAGAGGAUGGAUGGAUGGAUGGAUGGAUGGAUGGAUGGAUGGAUGGAUUAUGAAAUAAUCACUACAGACAAAAACAUAAUAAUAAAGCGAGUACACUUUUAAAUACUCUAAUACAUCUUUAAAAUGAAGAAAUGCUCAUAUGUCGUACUUCCUCCUUCUUAAAACCAUCAUUAUUUACACAGCACAUAAAUAAGACUGGAGUUAUGAAUAAUCUGAACAAGUUGUCUGAAUUCACCUGUGGAUUAAAAUCCCAUGAACAAAUGAUAUAAAUACAGCUGUACCUGAGCAUGAGAAACAUGAAGGCGACCCUGCAGCGUUAUUAUGGACAUUAACUCGACUAAAAAUCUGAAUGAAAACUCAAAUUUAAAAACAGACCAAUAAAGUUUUUGUGUUGCAAAGUAGCAUCAAGGCAGAGAAUGGUUUUUAAAAUAUUGUUGUAAAGUAAGAAAGAACAAAACUCUGGAAAUUAAAUUACUGGAAUAAGAUAUUAAAAAUUCAGGGCGA